AUGGCGGGCAAAGAGCUGUCUCCGCAUGAGAAGCUUGCUCUGGUCAAAGAUCAGCUGCAAGAAGUCCUACAUGAAGAUAUCUUGGAGAAUGUCAUCCUGAAAGAGCAGAGACCGCUGGUCAUUUACUGGGGCACAGCCACCACGGGCAGACCACACUGCGGUUACUUUGUGCCUAUGAUGAAGAUUGCGCACUUCCUCCGAGCGGGCUGCAGGGUAAAGAUCCUCCUGGCCGAUAUCCACGGCUUUCUCGACAACCUGAAAGCGCCCAUUGAGCUGGUCAAGUUCCGUGCGGAAUACUACAAGUACAUCAUCCAGUCACUGCUCAAGGCGGUCGGCGUCAGCUUGGAGAAGCUGGAAUUUGUCCUGGGUUCAUCCUACCAAUUAAGUUCUGACUACACCAUGGAUGUCUUUCGAUUGAGCAGUGUAGUCACGGAGCACGAUGCGAAGAAGGCUGGUGCAGAAGUCGUCAAGCAGGUCGAGAAUGCUCCGCUGUCAGGUCUUAUCUAUCCUUUAAUGCAAGCACUUGACGAGCAGCAUUUAGGGGUUGAUGCGCAGUUUGGCGGUGUCGACCAGCGUAAAAUCUUUGCCCUCGCUCAAGAAACACUGCCAAAAAUUGGCUACAAAGAACGAGCUCAUCUGAUGAACGCCAUGGUCCCUGGCCUGGCUGGCGGUAAAAUGUCCGCAUCGGACCCUGACUCCAAGAUCGAUAUCCUCGACACCGCUGAUGCCGUGCGGAAGAAGCUGCGGAAAGCCUUCGCCGCUGCAAAAGAAGUGGAAGGAAACGGGAUCAUCUCGUUUGUCGAGUAUGUGCUAUUGCCCAUAAGUGCCCUGAAGCAUUCCGAAGGCCAAGGAACGUUCGAGUGCAAGCGGAGGGAAGGGGAAGGAGAACCAUUAGUCUACCACGAUAUCAAGACUCUGAAGGAGGACUACCUGGCAGAUAAACUCACGCCGCAACUGCUCAAAGCUGGCGCCACAGAAGCCCUUGUCGACCUGCUGGCCCCGAUCCAAGCAGAAUUUCAGGCUUCCCCCGAAUGGCAAGAUAUUGAGAGGAAGGCGUAUCCUCCUGCAGAGCCGGCCAAGAAGAAGAAGCAGCCAAAGGACAAAGGCUCAAGAUACCCAGGCGCAAAUGUGACUACCAACCUGGACGGAUCUAUCGAAGGCCGUGGUAAGGAGCAAGUCGAGGUUGGCCAUACAGCAGAAGAAGCGAUGUCGAAUCUCGAGAUCAACGGCCAGGCUCCAUGA